AUCUUUCCGUCUAUUCUGAGUGCCUUACAUAAUAAGUUUUACAUUAUAUAAACCCUACAAAUCAAAAGUUUUUCAUUUUUCAUUUGAUUUCCCACAACUCUUGAGGGAUUUUCGCCUGCAAUCCGUGACUUAAAAUCCAUACAGCAAACGAAAAUUUGUUUGGCCAAAAUUAAAAAAAUCAGUGGAAGCUCUGACGCAAUAGUUCUACGAAGCUCUACUUAUACCGUGUUGCUGUGUCCGAAUCCUAACUGCUUCUCCAAACCCUAGCUGAAUUUAAAAGAAAAUAAACUCUUAGUUUUUGUACAGAAACCUGGUCCAGUUUCUACUAAUCUUGUACUGGGUUCGCUUUAUUUGUUUCCUUUGCAAGUACAAAAUAAAUAUUUAUCGGACCUAAAACUUUUACAAUAGGUGAAAAAAUAUUUUGCUGAAAUAGAACAAUUCAAUGGAAGCUCUCAUAUAAUAGGCCUACGAAGCUCAAAUCAUAUUGUACUGCUGUUGAAACACUAACUACGGCGCCAAUCCCAGCUGAAUAUUAAAAAAAAUUCUUCAGUUUUUGUACAUAAGUCUAGUCUAGUCUUUGCAAAUCUUGUACUGGGUUUCCUUUAUUUUCUUCUUUUGGGAGCAGACAAUAUAUUUUUUCUUGCUGGAAGAGUUUUAGUAAGCCCCCAAAAUAGAAAAAUAAUAGUAACUAGUAAAACCGCAGCAUGGAUACGCGAUUCCCGUACUCCCCGGCUGAAGUGGCCAAGGUGAAAGUCGUGCAGUUCGGCAUUAUCAGCCCGGAUGAAAUCAGGCAAAUGUCUGUUGCACAAAUUGAGUACAGUGAAACUUAUGAGCGUGGGAAGCCUAAGCUCGGGGGACUGAGUGAUCCACGUUUGGGUACCAUUGAUAGAAAACUGAAGUGCGAAACUUGUUCUGCUGGCAUGGCUGAAUGCCCUGGGCAUUUUGGACACCUUGAACUCGCCAAGCCCAUGUAUCAUAUUGGGUUUUUGAAGACCAUUCUUUCGAUUUUGCGUUGUGUAUGCUUCAACUGCUCAAGGAUUCUUGCAGACGAGGAUGAUCAUCGUUUCAAACAAGCAUUGAAAGUAAAGAACCCAAAACACAGGCUCAGAAAGGUUUUGGAUUGUUGCAAGAAUAAAGUUAAAUGUGAAGGUGGAGAUGUCAUUGAUGAGGAUCAAGGUCAAGAUGGAGAUGACGAGGUUAAGAAGAAGCGACAAGGAGGUUGUGGUGCCCAGCAGCCCAAGAUCUGCAUUGAUGGAAUGAAAAUAAUGGCUGAAUAUAAAGCUCCACGCAAGAAAGCAGAUGACCCAGAGCAGUUGAUGCCGGAGCCUGUUGAGAGAAAACAACAGUUAACUGCUGAGAGGGUUUUGAGUGUUUUGAAGCGAAUUACUGAUGAGGAGUGUCAAAUGUUGGGAUUGAACCCAAAAUAUGCUCGCCCAGACUGGAUGAUUUUACAAGUGCUUCCAGUUCCUCCACCCCCAGUCAGACCUUCAGUUAUGAUGGACACCACAAGUAGGAGUGAGGAUGAUCUCACUCAUCAGCUUGCAAUGAUUAUCAGACACAACGAAAAUCUAAAAAAGCAGGAGAAAACUGGGGCUCCAGCUCAUAUUAUUUCUGAGUUUGCCCAAUUGUUGCAAUUCCACAUUGCUACUUAUUUUGACAAUGAGCUGCCUGGUCAGCCAAGGGCAACCCAGAGGUCAGGACGACCGAUAAAAUCAAUAUGCAGUCGAUUGAAAGCUAAAGAGGGUCGCAUCAGGGGAAAUCUGAUGGGGAAGCGUGUAGAUUUUUCUGCACGUACAGUUAUUACACCUGAUCCUAACAUUAACAUUGAUGAAUUAGGAGUCCCCUGGAGUAUUGCACUGAACCUCACAUACCCAGAGACCGUCACUCCAUACAACAUAGAAAGAUUAAAGGAACUUGUUGAAUAUGGACCUCAUCCUCCACCAGGGAAAACUGGUGCCAAAUACAUUAUCAGGGAGGAUGGCCAGAGACUUGAUCUCCGUUACUUGAAAAAGAGUAGUGAUCACCAUCUAGAGUUGGGCUAUAAGGUGGAGAGGCACUUGAAUGAUGGAGACUUUGUUCUUUUUAAUCGACAACCAAGUCUUCAUAAGAUGUCUAUCAUGGGUCAUAGAAUCAGAAUCAUGCCUUACUCGACUUUCCGAUUAAACUUGUCAGUCACAUCACCCUACAAUGCUGAUUUUGACGGAGAUGAAAUGAACAUGCAUGUUCCCCAGUCAUUUGAGACAAGAGCAGAAGUUUUGGAACUAAUGAUGGUGCCAAAAUGCAUUGUUUCUCCUCAGUCCAAUAGGCCAGUUAUGGGUAUCGUGCAAGAUACACUUUUGGGUUGUCGAAAGAUUACAAAACGAGACACCUUUAUAGAAAAGGAUGUCUUUAUGAAUAUCCUAAUGUGGUGGGAGGAUUUUGAUGGGAAAAUACCUGCUCCAACUAUUCUAAAGCCAAGGCCGCUUUGGACUGGAAAACAAGUCUUCAAUCUGAUCAUUCCAAAACAAAUCAAUCUUAUAAGGUAUUCUGCAUGGCAUGCUGAAUCUGAAACAGGAUUUAUUACACCAGGAGAUACAUGUGUACGCAUUGAGAAAGGGGAGGUUAUUUCUGGCACUCUUUGCAAGAAAACCCUUGGGACUUCCUCGGGAAGUCUAAUACAUGUCAUCUGGGAGGAAGUAGGCCCAGAUGCUGCUCGUAAGUUUUUAGGUCACACACAGUGGCUUGUAAACUACUGGCUGCUACAACAGGGUUUCAGUAUUGGUAUAGGAGACACAAUUGCUGAUGCUGCAACCAUGGAAGUUAUCAAUGAAACAAUUUCAAAAGCAAAGAAUGAAGUCAAACAACUUAUUAAGGCUGCUCAGGAUAAGCAAUUGGAGGCAGAACCUGGUCGAACAAUGAUGGAGUCUUUUGAAAACAGAGUCAAUCAGGUGUUAAAUAAGGCUCGUGAUGAUGCAGGAAGCAGUGCACAAAAAAGUUUAUCCGAGAGUAACAAUUUGAAGGCUAUGGUUACUGCUGGGUCAAAAGGAAGUUUUAUCAACAUAUCUCAAAUGACUGCUUGUGUGGGACAGCAAAAUGUAGAAGGGAAGCGAAUUCCAUAUGGAUUUGAUGGAAGAACCCUACCACAUUUUACAAAGGAUGAUAAAGGUCCAGAAAGUCGAGGCUUUGUGGAGAAUUCCUAUCUGCGUGGUUUGACUCCUCAGGAGUUCUUUUUUCAUGCAAUGGGAGGACGUGAGGGUUUGAUAGAUACUGCAGUGAAAACGUCAGAAACAGGAUACAUACAGCGUCGUCUUGUGAAAGCUAUGGAAGACAUCAUGGUGAAAUAUGAUGGGACUGUCAGGAAUUCACUUGGCGAUGUCAUCCAGUUCCUGUAUGGUGAGGAUGGUAUGGAUGCUGUUUGGAUUGAGUCACAGAAACUUGAUUCUUUGAAGAUGAAAAAGAAAGAGUUCGAAAAUGUUUAUAAAUAUGAAAUUGAUCAAGAAAACUGGAAUCCUAGCUACAUGUUACCAGAACAUGUAGAUGAUCUGAAAACCAUCAGGGAGUUCCAAAAUGUUUUUGAUGCAGAAUUGCAGAAACUAGAGUCAGAUAGACGACAGUUAGGCACAGAGAUUGCUCCCAGUGGUGAUAACUCAUGGCCUAUGCCCGUAAAUCUGAAGAGGCUCAUUUGGAAUGCCCAGAAGACUUUCAAAAUUGAUCCAAGGAAACGAUCAGAUAUGCAUCCUAUGGAGAUUGUAGAAGCCAUUGACAAGCUUCAGGAAAGGCUAAAGGUUGUUCCUGGUGAUGAUCUCAUGAGUAUUGAGGCCCAGAAAAAUGCGACUCUUUUCUUCAAUAUUCUACUGCGCAGUACAUUUGCAAGUAAACGUGUACUGAAGGAGUACCACCUUACAAAGGAAGCAUUUGAAUGGGUAGUUGGUGAGAUUGAAUCUCGUUUCCUUCAGUCUUUAGUAGCUCCAGGGGAGAUGAUUGGAUGUGUUGCAGCACAGUCAAUUGGUGAACCAGCUACUCAGAUGACAUUGAAUACUUUCCAUUAUGCUGGUGUUAGUGCCAAAAAUGUUACUCUCGGCGUUCCUCGGCUAAGAGAAAUUAUAAAUGUGGCAAAGAAAAUUAAAACACCAUCACUUUCAGUGUAUCUAAAGCCAGAGGUCAACAAGACAAAAGAAAGAGCAAAGAAUGUCCAAUGUGCUUUAGAGUACACAACCUUGCGAAGUGUUACAGAGGCUACUGAAGUGUGGUAUGAUCCAGAUCCAAUGAGCACUAUCAUAGAGGAGGAUGUUGACUUUGUUAAAUCAUACUAUGAAAUGCCAGAUGAGGAUAUUGCACCUGAAAAAAUAUCUCCAUGGCUGCUGCGUAUUGAAUUAAAUAGGGAGAUGAUGGUUGAUAAAAAGCUCAGUAUGGCAGACAUUGCAGAAAAAAUCAACCUUGAGUUUGAUGAUGAUUUGACAUGCAUUUUCAAUGAUGAUAAUGCAGAAAAACUUAUUCUGCGUAUACGUAUUAUGAAUGAAGAGGCUCCUAAAGGGGAAGCUCAAGAUCAAAACUCUGAAGAUGACGUCUUUCUAAAGAAGAUUGAGAGUAACAUGCUUACAGAAAUGGCUCUACGAGGCAUUCCUGAUAUUAAUAAAGUGUUUAUAAAAUCUGGAAAAAUUAACAAGUUUGAUGAGAAUGAAGGAUUCAAACCUGAAACAGAAUGGAUGUUGGAUACAGAAGGGGUCAACAUGUUAGCUGUUAUGUGCCAUGAAGAUGUUGAUGCUACAAGGACAACGAGUAAUCACUUGAUUGAAGUUAUUGAGGUGCUUGGAAUUGAGGCUGUGAGGAAAUCACUUCUAGAUGAGCUUCGUGUUGUGAUAUCUUUUGAUGGGUCAUAUGUGAAUUACAGGCAUUUAGCCAUUUUGUGUGACACAAUGACAUAUCGGGGCCAUCUAAUGGCCAUUACUAGACAUGGUAUCAAUCGUAAUGAUACAGGGCCAAUGAUGCGAUGUUCAUUUGAGGAAACAGUUGAUAUUCUUUUGGAUGCUGCUGUUUUUGCUGAGGCAGAUCCUCUGAGGGGUGUUACAGAGAACAUCAUGCUUGGCCAGUUGGCUCCGAUUGGUACAGGUGAUUGUGCCUUGUAUUUGAAUGACCAGAUGCUACAACAAGCAAUUGAACUCCAACUACCCAGCUAUAUGGAAGGAAUGGUAGACUUUGGAAUGACACCAUCUCGGUCCCCAAUAACAGGAACACCACACCAUGAUGCAAUGAUGUCACCAAGCUAUUUGCUCAGCCCAAGUCUCCGCAGCUCACCAAUUACAGAGGCCCAAUUUUCUCCCUAUGUUGGUGGGAUGGCCUUCUCUCCAUCUUCAUCUCCUGGCUACAGCCCUUCAUCCCCAGGUUAUAGCCCCUCAUCUCCUGGGUAUAGUCCGACUUCACCUGGAUAUAGCCCCACAUCUCCAGGGUACAGUCCAACAUCCCCUGGAUAUAGUCCUACAUCACCAUCAUACAGUCCAAGUUCUCCUGGAUACAGUCCUACGUCUCCAGCAUAUUCCCCCACAAGCCCAUCUUAUUCUCCAACUUCACCAAGCUACAGUCCCACAUCACCAAGCUACAGUCCCACUUCUCCCAGUUAUAGCCCCACAUCCCCGAGCUAUAGUCCCACUUCUCCCAGUUAUAGCCCCACAUCCCCUGCAUACAGCCCCACUUCACCAGCAUAUAGCCCCACUUCUCCAGCAUAUAGCCCAACAUCACCUUCAUACAGCCCGACGUCGCCUUCAUAUAGCCCCACAUCUCCUGCAUACAGCCCCACAUCACCUGCGUACAGCCCCACAUCUCCAGCAUAUAGUCCUACAUCGCCUAGUUACAGUCCGACAUCACCGAGUUACAGUCCAACAUCUCCUGGGUACAGUCCCACUUCGCCAAGUUAUAGUCCAACAUCACCAAGUUUUAAUCCAGCCUCUACAAAGUACAGUCCGACUUCACCGGCAUAUUCCCCAAGCAGUCCAAGAUAUUCACCAUCAAGUCCAUAUAGUCCAACAUCGCCAAAUUACAGUCCUAAUUCACCAUCUUAUUCACCAACAUCUCCUUCAUUUUCUCAAGCGAGUCCUACUUACAGUCCUACAAGUCCUCCAUAUUCACCUGCAAGUCCGGGAUUCAGUCCAAGUUCACCACAAUACAGUCCCAGUGCUGGUUAUUCUCCAACUGCUCCUGGCUAUUCUCCGUCUUCCACAAGCCAGUAUACACCACAGUUCAGCAACAAAGAUGAGGGGAGUACUCGGUGACUUGCAUAAAGAUGUUGGGUCUACAGAUUUUUUUUUCUUGGGUAUGAUCGAGCAGAAAGAUGUCCAUCAUGGGCAAUGCUGUUCUCACUUUCUUACUAAGAAAUGUAUCAUUAGAUUUGGUAUUCACAACUUUUCUGGCAAUGGAUUUUGAUUGGUGUUUGGUGUUCUUUCCAAGCCCAAUCAUAAAUGGAUUAGUAUGAAAUAAAAAGUUUAUCACGGUUCUACUAA